AUGCAAACCUGUGCGUCUCACGGCAGCCCUACAGUCUCUCUACAGUCCUACAGUCUCUCUACAGCCCUACAGUCUCUCGACAGCCCUACAGUCUCUCUGCAGUCCUACAGUCUCUCUACAGCCCUACAGUCCCUCUACAGCCCUACAUUCCCUCUACAGUCCUACAGUCUCUCUACAGCCCUACAGUCCCUCUACAGCCCUACAUUCCCUCUACAGCCCUACAGUCUCUCUACAGUCCUACAGUCUCUCUACAGCCCUACAGUCUCUCGACAGCCCUACAGUCCCUCUACAGCCCUACAGUCCCUCUACAGCCCUACAGUCUCUCUACAGCCCUACAGUCUCUCUACAGCCCUACAGUCCCUCUACAGCCCUACAUUCCCUCUACAGCCCUACAGUCUCUCUACAGUCCUACAGUCUCUCUACAGCCCUACAGUCCCUCUACAGCCCUACAUUCCCUCUACAGCCCUACAGUCUCUCUACAGCCCUACAGUCUCUCUACAGCCCUACAGUCCCUCUACAGCCCUACAUUCCCUCUACAGCCCUACAGUCUCUCGACAGCCCUACAUUCCCUCUACAGCCCUACAGUCUCUCUACAGUCCUACAGUCUCUCUACAGUCCUACAGUCUCUCUACAGCCCUACAGUCUCUCUACAGCCCUACAGUCCCUCUACAGCCCUACAUUCCCUCUACAGCCCUACAGUCCCUCUACAGCCCUACAUUCCCUCUACAGCCCUACAGUCUCUCUACAGUCCUACAGUCUCUCUACAGCCCUACAGUCUCUCGACAGCCCUACAGUCCCUCUACAGCCCUACAGUCCCUCUACAGCCCUACAGUCUCUCUACAGCCCUACAGUCUCUCUACAGCCCUACAGUCCCUCUACAGCCCUACAUUCCCUCUACAGCCCUACAGUCUCUCUACAGUCCUACAGUCUCUCUACAGCCCUACAGUCCCUCUACAGCCCUACAUUCCCUCUACAGCCCUACAGUCUCUCUACAGCCCUACAGUCUCUCUACAGCCCUACAGUCCCUCUACAGCCCUACAUUCCCUCUACAGCCCUACAGUCUCUCGACAGCCCUACAGUCUCUCUACAGUCCUACAGUCUCUCUACAGCCCUACAGUCUCUCUACAGUCCUACAGUCUCUCUACAGCCCUACAGUCCCUCUACAGCCCUACAUUCCCUCUACAGCCCUACAGUCUCUCUACAGUCCUACAGUCUCUCUACAGCCCUACAGUCUCUCGACAGCCCUACAGUCUCUCUACAGUCCUACAGUCUCUCUACAGUCCUACAGUCUCUCGACAGCCCUACAGUCUCUCUGCAGUCCUACAGUCUCUCUACAGCCCUACAGUCUCUCUACAGUCCUACAGUCUCUCUGCAGUCCUACAGUCUCUCUGCAGUCCUACAGUCUCUCGACAGCCCUACAGUCUCUCUGCAGUCCUACAGUCUCUCUACAGCCCUACAGUCUCUCUACAGUCCUACAGUCUCUCUGCAGUCCUACAGUCUCUCUACAAUCCUAGUCUCUCUACAGCCCUACAGUCUCUCUACAGUCCUACAGUCUCUCUACAGCCCUACAGUCCCUCUACAGCCCUACAUUCCCUCUACAGCCCUACAUUCCCUCUACAGCCCUACAGUCUCUCUACAGCCCUACAGUCUCUCGACAGCCCUACAGUCUCUCUGCAGUCCUACAGUCUCUCUACAGCCCUACAGUCUCUCUACAGCCCUACAGUCUCUCUACAGCCCUACAGUCCCUCUACAGCCCUACAGUCCCUCUACAGCCCUACAGUCUCUCUGCAGUCCUACAGUCCCUCUACAGCCCUACAGUCCCUCUACAGCCCUACAGUCUCUCUACAGUCCUACAGUCUCUCGACAGCCCUACAGUCUCUCUGCAGUCCUACAGUCUCUCUACAGCCCUACAGUCUCUCUGCAGUCCUACAGUCUCUCUACAGCCCUACACCCUACAGUCUCUCUACAGCCCCACAGUCUCUCUACAGCCCUACAGUCUCUCUGCAGUCCUACAGUCUCUCUACAGCCCCACAGUCUCUCUACAGUCCUACAGUCUCUCUACAGUCCUACAGUCUCUCUACAGUCCUACAGUCUCUCUACAGCCCUACAGUCCCUCUACAGCCCUACAUUCCCUCUACAGCCCUACAGUCUCUCUACAGCCCUACAGUCCCUCUACAGCCCUACAUUCCCUCUACAGCCCUACAGUCCCUCUACAGCCCUACAGUCUCUCUACAGUCCUACAGUCUCUCGACAGCCCUACAGUCUCUCUGCAGUCCUACAGUCUCUCUACAGCCCUACAGUCUCUCUACAGCCCUACAGUCUCUCUACAGCCCUACAGUCUCUCGACAGCCCUACAGUCUCUCUGCAGUCCUACAGUCUCUCUACAGCCCUACAGUCUCUCUACAGCCCUACAGUCUCUCUACAGCCCUACAGUCCCUCUACAGCCCUACAGUCCCUCUACAGCCCUACAGUCUCUCUGCAGUCCUACAGUCCCUCUACAGCCCUACAGUCCCUCUACAGCCCUACAGUCUCUCUACAGUCCUACAGUCUCUCGACAGCCCUACAGUCUCUCUGCAGUCCUACAGUCUCUCUACAGCCCUACAGUCUCUCUACAGUCCUACAGUCUCUCUGCAGUCCUACAGUCUCUCUACAAUCCUAGUCUCUCUACAGCCCUACAGUCUCUCUAUAGCCCUACAGUCUCUCUACAGUCCUACAGUCUCUCUACAGCCCUACAGUCUCUCUACAGUCCUAGUCUCUCUACAGCCCUACAGUCUCUCUAUAGCCCUACAGUCCCUCUACAGCCCUACAGUCCCUCUACAGCCCUACAGUCUCUCUACAGUCCUAGUCUCUCUACAGCCCUACAGUAUCUCUACGACCCUGCAGUCUCUCUACAGUCCUACAGUCUCUCUACAGUCCUAG